AAAUUGUGUUGUGUGUUCACAAUUUCACAUCACUGUAACCCGUCGUUUGUGUGCGUCGCGGCCGUCCCAAACACUAACCGCUUCCCGUGUUUUGUAUCGUCGUAUUUAUUAUUUCGUUUACGUUUCUCGCGUCUUUUCCGCCACCCGCGUGCCGACAAUCAAUCGCCGCCGUCGUCGUCGCACGGGAACAGAAUAUAUUUAUCAAUUGAUAUUAUCGUCGGGUGUCUACCAGUCGCAGCCGAUAAUAAUUGAUUACCAUCGGUUAAUUUCCCCGUCGCAGAAAGCAAAAAUCUCAUGAUGAAAAGUAAAGAAGUUGUAGCAGGUGACUCAGAAAAUGAAUUUGAAGUAGAUGAGCCGGAAGAAGUGGGUGAUCAUUCUGAUGAUGAAUGGGCUCCAACAGCUGCUGCCAAGACUGCUGGUAAACGAGGACGACCAUCCAAAAGUACACCUGCCAGUAGAAAGAAGAAACCUAAGGUUUCUGACGAUGAAGAUGAAGAAGAAAUACUUCCUAAAAAAGAUAGAGGAUCAAAAACUAAAACACCCACACCUGCACCAGUACCGACAUCAGCUAGAGGUCGAGGAAGAGCAGCUAAAGCAAAAGUGGAGCCUGAAGAAGAGCCAGAAGAUGAUGAAGAAUUUGAAGAGGAUGAAGAAAUUGAAGAAGAUGAAGAGGACGAAGAUGAUGAAGAGGAGGAAGAGGAUGAAGAUGUAGAAGAAGAAGAAGAAGAGCUUAAUCAAGGACCAAACGCUAAGCCAGCCAAAAAAUUCACUUCGGGAGCAUUUGUUGUACUCAAGACUGAUAUGCUUGGUAAAGGUAAUCCUCCUGUAUGGAAAAUUGAUGGCAAGGCAUUGUUACAAAAGUAUAUUCCUUUCAAACAGGAUGGUAAAGUAUUGUACAAAAAUACUUCUGUUUACUCUGGUUGGGGUUCCAAUGUUAAAGAGCAGUAUUACUCUGCACCUAUAUCAUUUAUACAGCAAACACGUAAAGAACAUAUUAUAGAAUUUUACAAAGAUAAAAUAAAGAAAGAUCCUAAAGUUGAAGAGGCUGCUAAGAAAGAAUUAGAAGAUGAAGAAGCUGAGUUAGCAGGUGAUGAUGAUGAAAAGGAAGAUCAAGAUGAAGCGUAAUUGUAACAUUAAGACGAUUAAGUAUGACUGUUCACAUAAAAUUUGUGUUUACAUUUUUUUUUUCUGUAUAAUUAGUAUCAGCUUUUCGAUUGUAUGUUGACCAUUAUAAUUUGUAUUAUAUUAUUUGUUUAUUUUGAAAUCCAA